CUGAGUUCAUGCACUUUCUUCUUCCAUCUGGACUCUGCGCUUGGAGAGGAAUGGAUACCAAAGUGGUUCAUCUAAGAAAGACUACAUCUUAAUCUGGUUGAUGCUUUGUUCUUCAAACUGUUGCAGCCGCUGUUUGACUUCUCAACUCAAGCUGCAGGAAGAUCUCCCGAAUCUCUUUUUUGUUUGUUUGUUUUUUCUUAACAUAUUGUAUACCAAAAAAAGGUGAUCCACAGAGAUGGCUUUGCUGCGUCUUUUUCAUGGAGUAGAUAUAAACCUCUCGCGGUGGUGGAUUUUGUGCUUCAUCUGCUUUGUCCCAUCGAGCAAAAGCGUGCUUCUGGAUAAUGGUGCAGACCGAGCCGGAUAUCAAGGUGCCUCGGCGGUUCUUCGGUCGCUUAAUUUGCCUCUCCACACAGAAUAUGAAAUAGUAACCCCAUAUGAGGUUGACCACCAAGGUGUGUACAUUUCUCAUGAAAUCGCCCAUCACAAGCGUAGAAGACGACAUCGAUCCCUGACUUCAGACGCAGAACAUCCAGACACUGACAGCAGCCGCGAAGCAGUCCACUUCCAGCUCAGGGGCUUGGGCCAGGAUUUCCACUUGGAGCUGAGGGAGGCUUCGGAGAGCCUCAUGGCACCUGGCUUCACUGUUCAGGUCCUGGGAAGAAACGGCACAAAGAGCCUAAGGGUUUACCACCAAGACGACCACUGCUUUUACCAGGGGUCGCUGAGGUCAAGGGUCAACUCCUCAGUGGCACUGUCCACAUGCCUGGGAAUGUCUGGUUUGAUCCGAACGCAGGAUGCAGACUACUUUCUGAGACCAGUAUCACGUAGCCUGGCAGAGAAGGAGAACUUCACCGCUCCCGUCAGUCACCAGCCACACAUCCUCUACAGGAGCGAUGGAAACUCCUGGUCAAAGCAGAGUUAUCACAAGCUGCAGAAGAGAUCCACUGAUGCAUCUCAUCACAAAGCACACAGAAGCUUCCUCUCCUCAACAGAACCCACCUACAUGGCAUACAAAGGAGAUCAAUACAGACCACCUGUAAAGCAAAAAAGUUACAUCCACGUAAACCCGCGUGGGAAAAUUAACAGCACGAGUCCUGGAGACCGACUGAAGCAUCGAGAAAGCAGCCAUCACCACAGAGAUUACAGACACGGGGAGAGGCAGAGGCAACACUUCUGUGGCAGAAGGAAGAAAUAUAUGCCUAAACCUCCAGAGGAGGACGUUUUUAUCCUUCCAGAGGAGUAUAAGAUUGUCCCCAGGAACAAGCGGGCAGUGCUGAUGAAGGAUCAACCCAAUCAGAAGCUCAAUGUGGAGAUGCUGGUUGUAGUUGACAAAAAGAUGAUGGACAACCACGGCCAUUCGAACAUCACUACAUAUGUUCUUACUGUGCUCAACAUGGUUUCCAGUCUAUUCAAAGAUGGCACUAUAGGAGGCAAUAUAAACAUAGUCAUAGUGGGUCUCGUUCUCUUGGAUGAAGAGCAGGAUGGCUUGGUAAUCAAUCACCAUGCUGACCACACUUUAAACAGCUUUUGCCACUGGCAGUCAACUCUUGGGGGCAGAGAAGGCCGACACCAUGAUCAUGCCAUCCUGCUUACAGGACUCGACAUCUGCUCUUGGAAGAAUGAACCCUGCGACACCCUUGGCUUUGCUCCAAUCAGUGGGAUGUGCAGCAAGUACCGCAGUUGUACAGUCAAUGAGGACACUGGCCUGGGUCUGGCCUUCACCAUUGCACAUGAAUCAGGACACAACUUUGGAAUGGUCCAUGACGGUGAGGGCAACGUUUGUAAAAAGUCAGAGGGCAACAUUAUGUCUCCAACAUUAGCCGGUCACAAUGGUAUCUUCUCUUGGUCUCCUUGCAGUCGCCAGUAUCUCAGUCGCUUUCUAAACACUGCCCAGGCUUUCUGCCUGUCGGAUGAACCCAAAGCAGUCAAGGAGUACCGGUACCCAGAAAAAUUGCCAGGUGAACUGUACGACGCAGACACACAGUGCAAAUGGCAGUUUGGAGAGAAGGCCAAACUCUGCACUCUGGAUUUCAAGAAGGAUAUCUGCAAGGCUCUCUGGUGCCAUCGCGUUGGGAGGAAAUGUGAAACCAAAUUCAUGCCAGCUGCUGAAGGCUCUGCCUGUGGCCCCAAUAUGUGGUGUCGUAGAGGUCACUGUGUAAAGCAGGGCGAUGAAGGCCCCCGACCUCAGCAUGGGCAUUGGUCAGAGUGGUCAUCAUGGUCUACAUGCUCUCGAAGCUGCGAAAGUGGUGUGACCUAUCGAGAGAGGCAGUGUAACAACCCCAGACCUACCAAUGGUGGGAAGUUUUGUGAUGGCUCCACUCGGUCAUACAAACUUUGCAACACUGUGGAUUGUCCAACAAACACUGCUGAUUACAGAGCAAAACAGUGUGCUGAAUUUAACAGCAAGCAGUUCAGAGGAUGGUACUACACCUGGAGACCGUACACUAAAGUGGAUGAUCAAGACAUUUGCAAGCUUUACUGCCUUGCUGAGGGUUACGAUUUCUUCUUUGCCCUGGCCAGCAAAGUUAGGGAUGGGACACUUUGUGCAAAGGAUAGUUCCAAUGUCUGUAUUGAUGGGUUGUGUGAGAGAGUGGGGUGUGACCGUGUCUUGGGCUCAGCAGCUGUGGCUGAUGCUUGUGGUGUGUGUAAAGGAGACAACUCCACCUGCAAGAUCUAUAACGGGCAGUACACAAAGCAGCAUUAUACUAACCAGUACUACGGGGUUGUCACCAUCCCAGCAGGAGCUCGGAGUAUCCGUGUCAUGGAAAUGAAUACUUCCAGCUCCUACCUAGCGGUCAGAGACACCCAGAGACACUACUAUCUCAAUGGUCGCUGGACAGUGGACUGGCCAGGUCGCCACCCUAUUGCUGGUACAACGUUUGAGUACAAGAGACCAUAUAACAGACCAGAGAGUCUCAUAUCAGCAGGACCUACAAAUGAGACACUGGUGGUUGAAGUAUUGCUGCAGGGUUGGAAUCCCGGAAUACGUUGGGAAUAUUCUCUGAACAAAAUGGAUGAAAAAGCGGCUAAGAACCACAUUAAACACAGCUAUACCUGGGCUAUCGUACGCUCCCACUGCUCAGCAACUUGUGCUGGAGGACAUAUGAACACCAAGGCAGCAUGCUACAAAGACUUGAGAGUUCAGGUUAAUGUGACGUACUGCAAUCCCAGAACUAGACCAGGAAUUGGAACGAUACCCUGCAAUACCCACCCAUGUCCUGCCAGCUGGUCUGCAGGGGGUUGGGGGCCAUGCAGCCAGAGCUGCGGAGGAGGGGAGCAGACGCGGCAGGUUCAGUGUGUCCAGAAAACCAGUCAAACCAACGCAGAGACCCUGGCAGAUUCUCAGUGUCCACAUUCACCCCCGGCAACGAGGCAAACCUGCAACACACACAGCUGCCCGCCAGUCUGGAGCGCUGGGCCAUGGUCUCAGUGCUCACGCAAGUGUGGCCACGGUCUGAAGAAGAGGAGCGUGCUGUGUACGAGCAGCAACCCAAGUGCUCAGACUCACACGCUGCCUGACAGCAAGUGUGCAGGCCUGCAGAAACCUGCCACUCAAGAAUCCUGCUUCAUCAAACGCUGUCAGAAACAACGUAAGACCCAGUGGUUUGUCUCCACUUGGCAAGAGUGUUCAGCAACAUGUGGCCGGGGUUAUCAGGCACGCUUCAUCAAGUGUGCUGAAAAGGACACUGCAGGAAAGUACAGAGAACUUACUGCCAAAAAGUGCCACCAUGUUCCCAAGCCCAAAGUGGAACUCCAAAGGCCCUGCAUCCUGGCUGAGUGUCCUACCCGCACUACUCCACCACUCUACCGAUGGAGGACGCCUCAUCACCUCUAUCCACCUCAGCCUCUCCCUCAAGCUGCACCAUCACCAGAGUGGGUCUCAUCUCCUUGGUCUCAGUGCUCAGUAACAUGUGGAGGAGGAGUGCAAGUCAGGACAGUGCAGUGUCAGAUCCAGGGAAAGCCUGCUAUUGGCUGCGUUCUCCAUCUUCGACCCUCAUCGUCUCAGGCCUGCAACACAAACUUCUGCCCACAACCAGAGAAAAAAGAUCUGGCUUGUAGGGAUUACUUCAAUUGGUGCCAUCUUGUGCCUCAGCAUGGAGUCUGCAACCACAAGUUCUAUGGCAAGCAAUGCUGCCACUCCUGUUCAAAUUCCAACCUAUAACCAUUCAAAGCAACUGUCGGUAGUAUACAUGUAGCUGAAUAGUCAACGGACUAUAUUGAUGCCCUUGCUUGAAAAGAUAUGUUUUUGUCAUAAGCAUGCGGCAAGCACUGAAAAAGGUUUAAACACGCAAGAGAUGUUGUGGCUUUGGUUCUCUCUGUGAUGCCAGACAUCUGAAUAUCUGAUUCUGACAGAAAAACUGGAAUGCAUUGGAGAACAGAAUUCUGAGAAGGAAAUAUUAAGAUGCAAGCUAAUAGGAGAGAUGGUUUCUACCUAGAAGAUUCACCAUCCCCUGGACAAAAAGCAACAAGAUGAGGUUUUUAUACACUGCAAGGCAUCAACAAGUGUUAUGGAGUCUUUCUUUAAUGACUUGGGAAAUACACAAGGUGUUAAGAGGAAGAAAAAAGAAUGUUUCAAGGAUGCAUUUACAAUUAAAAAUGUAGCCAAAUACUUACAUGAAAAUAUUCUGUGAAAAGUUAGAAUUUCUGGAGACAAGUAUCUUUGAAACCAAACGUCAUACAUUAGAGAGGUAUUUUGAAAGAAGACAUAUUUGUGUGAACUGGCCUUCAUACUUAGUGGUGCUACAAGUUGUCACUUUGAUUUCACAGAAACAGUAAUAUCCUUUUCUAGGAUUCAGGAAAGAAUUGUGUCACAUGUGUACAGUAUUGUUUGUUUUAUUUAUUUGCUUUACAAUACAGCAUUGCUGAAAGACUGUAUUAUUAAGCUCUAUACACACUCUUUUCACAAUACCUAAAGCCGUAUACUUUCAUGUGUUUUGUCACAUACUGACCAAACAACAACUUUAAGCUUUUCAUUAUAUCCUAACUUGUGUUUAACAUGAACAAUUAAGUUAAAUCUUCAAUGGUAGCUUUGUUGGCAUAUUAUUUAAAUUGUCUCGUGACAGUUGAUGUGUCUUAAAUAAGGCACAGCAAUGCAUUACAUAUUACUAUGGUCUGAAAGCAAUCAGGCAAUAGUUAAUGAUCUGGCUGCCUGACCUUUUGCAUUUAAAAUGAAAUAACAUCAACAGUUUUGUGCCAUAACAUGAGGUCUGAUGUCAUCCUGUUUAGCUGAAAGUGGGACUGAAUGUAUUCCUACAGGGAGUAUAAACUUCGAAUCUCUAAGUGGAUAUAGAUGCAAUGUGGAGAAAACUCAGGAGAGAAAUGUGAGCUCUUUAGUUAUAUUUCUUUGGCUCACGUUUUAAACACAGCAGGGUGUUGUCACCUUGCCCUCAUAAUGGGUUGAAGUCUUUGUCUGUUUUUAUCUUCGUCCCAGGGGCUACACUGUUGUUUUGUACUUCAUAGUUUAAUACUCUGCUUUUACCAGUUGGUUUCGACAAUUGUAUGUUAAGUUUGUAAAGAAAUAAACAUGUUCUAACUCUC